UGUGUGUUUGUGUGUGUUUAUAUACACACAAAACAACGGCCAACUGCUUGCUUUAAACAAACCCACCUACUGUUAUCCGCAUUCAGACACUGGAUAUCCGAGACGAUUCCGCUCUCGGGACACGCCCUCGGCUCUCAGCAAUACCGCAACGCCCAGCUCCAGCAACGCGCCAUAUCGCGACAGACCAGCGGCCACGCCCGCCGUUGCUCGCGACAGACCCGUGCGGUCCAGUACGCGAUUAUCGCGACAGGCAGUCCUCGCGCAGGCCGGCCCGGAUCCUUCCCGCGUCCUGGGCGCGGCCCGCUGCGCGUUGCCGGCGUCUCAUUGGCUGAUCGCUGUGAUCCCGUCUGACAGCCGGAGGCCGGGCCGCAGAGGCUGGGUGGGAGGAGACGGCAACCCAAAACAAAAAAAGACGGGGGAAACAAACCGACAGUCCGUAAUACAAAACGCAGCGUGAGCACCGCAGCAGCGUGGAACAUCUGCCGCACAAGCGAAACCGAAGACCGCCACCCGCAGUUAAUGUAUUUAUAAAGGCGACAAGGUCGUUUAAAGCUGACACCAUGACAGCCGAGGAAACCAUUAAUAUCAAGGAGGUGGAGAUCAUCAAGGUGAUUCUGGACUUCCUGAACUCCCGUAAGCUUCACAUCAGUAUGCUGGCCCUGGAGAAGGAGAGCGGGGUGAUCAACGGGCUCUAUUCGGACGACAUGCUCUUCCUAAGGCAACUGGUCCUUGAUGGCCAGUGGGAUGAAGUUCUGCAGUUUAUCCAGCCUCUGGAGUGUAUGGACAAAUUUGACAGAAAGAGGUUCCGCUACAUCAUCCUGAAGCAGAAGUUCCUGGAGGCCCUGUGCGUGAACAAUGCCAUGUCUGCCGAGGAUGAGCCCCAGCACUUAGAGAUCACCAUGCAGGAGGCUGUGAAGUGCCUACACGCUCUGGAGGAGUUCUGCCCCUCCAAGGAGGACUACAGCAAGCUGUGUCUGCUGCUGACGCUGCCGCGACUCACCCACCACGCCGAGUUCAAGGAGUGGAACCCCAGCACGGCCCGCGUCCACUGCUUCGAGGAAGCCUGUACCAUGGUGGCCGAGUUCAUCCCGGCCGACCGCAAGCUGAGCGAGGCGGGCUUCCGGGCCAGCGGCAACCGGCUCUUCCAGCUGCUGAUCAAGGGCGUGCUGUACGAAUGCUGCGUGGAGUUCUGCCAGAGCAAGGCCACGGGCGAGGAGAUCACGGAGAGCGAGGUGCUGCUGGGCAUCGACAUGCUGUGCGGCAACGGCUGCGACGACCUCGACCUCAGCCUGCUGUCCUGGCUGCAGAAUCUCUCCGCCAGCGUCUUCUCCUGCGCCUUUGAGCAGAAGCUGCUCAACAUCCACGUGGACAAGCUGGUGAAGCCGGCCAAGGCGGCCUACGCCGACCUGCUGACGCCGCUCAUCAGCAAGCUGUCGCCGUACCCGGCAUCGCCCCUGCGCCGCCCCCAGUCCGCCGACACCUACAUGUCGCGCUCACUCAACCCGGCGCUGGACGGCCUCUCCUACGGCCUGUCCACGCAGGACAAGCGGGUGGCCGACAUCGGCGGCAAGACCUCGCCCAUGUCGCACUCCUUCGCCAACUUCCACUACCCCGGCGCCCCAAACCUGACGCGCAGCCUGAUGCUGGAGAGUUCCGACUGCCACAGCAUCUUUGAGGAGUCCCCGGAGAGCUCCAGGACAGACACGCCCGUGGACAAAAUGAUGGCCUCGGGGGGGCCAAACACCGUGAGGCCCGCUUCAGCACCCGGGGGGGAGGCGCCGGCCACGGGGCCUACUGAAAAGAAUGAGCUUCGUGACUCCACAGAGCAGUUCCAGGAGUACUACCGGCAGCGGCUGCGCGUCCAGCAGCACCUGGAGCAGAAGGAGCAGCAGAGGCAGCUCUACCAGCAGAUGCUCCUGGAAGGCGGAGUCAGCCAGAACGAGGUGCCCCGCCCCCAGCAGAACCUCACGGAAAAGUUCCUCAACAGAUCCAUUCAAAAGCUGGAAGAGCUGAACGUGGGGAUGGACAGUCUGGGUGAAGACGUCCAAUCGCUGACCCAACAGUGCAAUGGCAAUGUGGAGGGCAGCCCCAGCAGCGGCGACCCGGAGCCGGCCGAGCCCGAGCAGGACCAUGCAGGUGCCGGUGUGGUCAGCAGCACUCCCCAGAGGGCUGGGGGCCGUCGGAUUCCAACGAUUGAUGAAUCCCCGGUGCCCGCGGUCCCAAGCACGCAGAAGACCCAAACAAAGCAGCCCAUUGGCCACGAGGAGCCAGGCCACUCCCCAACACGCAACAAAGCCCAGGAGGACGACAAGCCCAAGGCCCAGUUUGUGGCCGUCAACAAGCUGGAAGACACACAAGCCGUUCGCGCUGUGGCCUUCCACCCCUCGGGGGCGCUCUACGCUGUGGGCUCCAACUCUAAAACGCUGCGUGUGUGUGCCUACCCGGACGUCCUGGACACCAGCGGCUCGGACCCCUCUAAGCAGCCUGUCGUCCGCUUCAAGAGGAACAAGCACCACAAGGGCUCCAUCUACUGCGUGGCCUGGAGCCACUGCGGGCAGCUGCUGGCCACUGGCUCCAACGACAAGUACGUGAAGGUGCUGCCCUUCAACGCUGAGUCCUGCAACGCCACCGGCCCGGACCUGGAAUUCAGCAUGCAUGAUGGCACCAUUCGCGAUCUGGCCUUCAUGGAGGGUCCCGAGAGCGGCGGGGCUAUCCUGAUCAGCGCUGGCGCAGGGGACUGCAAUAUCUACACCACCGACUGCCAGCGGGGGCAGGGUCUGCACGCGCUCAGUGGGCACACAGGUCACAUCCUGUCCCUGUAUACCUGGGGCGGCUGGAUGAUUGCGUCAGGCUCCCUGGACAAGACGGUGCGCUUCUGGGACCUGCGAGUGCCUAGCUGCGUCCGGGUGGUGGGGACGGCUUUCCACGGCUCAGGCAGCCCUGUGGCCUCGGUGGCCGUGGACCCCAGCGGGCGGCUCUUGGCCACGGGUCAGGAGGACAGCAACUGCAUGCUGUAUGACAUCCGGGGGGGGAGAAUGGUGCAGACGUACCGCCCCCACACCAGCGACGUGCGUUCGGUGCGCUUCUCCCCGGGUGCGCACUACCUGCUCACCGGCUCCUACGACACCCGCGUGAUCAUCACCGACCUGCAAGGCGACCUGACGAAGCAGCUCCCACUGACCGUUGUAGGCGAGCACGGCGACAAGGUGAUCCAGUGCCGGUGGCACACGCAGGACCUCUCCUUCCUGUCCUCCUCCGCAGAUCGGACUGUCACGCUCUGGACCCACACCUAGUGAGAGUGGCCGCGGGCGGGAGAGCUCCAGUCUGGCGGUGCUCACAGAGGCCCACUCCUCCCCUCCUUCCAGAACGAACUAGCCGAUCACCGAGAGCAAAAAUAAGGAACUCUCACUUGGUCCGUCUGUGUGUGUGUGAGUGAGUGAGUGUGUGUGUCUGUUUGCUAGCGCUGAUGACCGACGUAAUCAUUUCUGCUGUGCUUGCAGUCUCUCACAUUAGCGCUUCUGUGACUGAAAUCUGUAUAUAGCGGCUCUGCUGUCUCUUAAGUAUACACUUAAAAAAAUGAUUGAUACAAGAACUCUAAAAGCACCACUUCUGAGCUCUCAUAACAGGCGAAGGACACUCAGCUUACACACAGUCAAAGCGUGGUGAUCUUACAGCUUACCGUGCCCUGGCAUUAAGUUUGCAUUUAAUUAGCUGCAAAGACGGGAUUUGGAAACCAUUACUGUAUAAGUUUUAAUACAAACUGUGCCUUGUACAAUCUGGUUCCAUAGAAAGCUUUACACACCUCUCGUUGCUGGGUGAGCCCAGCUGUAGUGCAUAGAUAGCAUGGCAGUUUGUUUCCUUGUCCACUACGUUUGACGACCUCUGCGAUGCUGCUAUUCGUUUAUUUUAUAAAAACAAAAAAGGUUGAUGUUUUGUUGUUAACUGGUUGUGCAGUGUUUCCUAAAGUGUUAUGAAUAUUAUUGUCAAAAUAACUGGUUAUCAAAUACUACAAAGGUAAGCUUUUGAAACAGUUUUGGUCCUUGUUAAUGACAGUCAUUGUUUUUCCCUCUUUUGCUCAUGGAAGUUUGGCGGACUUCUAGAUAAGUUCAAAACACUAGUGGCUUAGCUGUUACAUUACGGAAGCUGUAUUUCAGUCUGAAAGGUGCCUAUGGGAUGACAGCUGGCACAGAGCUCGUUUUAAAUGGUUAGUGUGUGAUCAGGAUAGUGGGUCUGUUUUAACUCUGACAGUGAAGGGACUUUAAUAAACCCUUUUUAAUUUUUAUUUUUGUUUGGUUUGCCAUAAAGGUGGCAUGACGGCUAUGAUGUCUGUUAGCCCUCUGUAUUUAAUUUUGAAUACUAAAUUUGUUAGCAUUUGCAUCUCUUAGAUUAGGUAAAUAUACUAACAUAAUGUCACCAUGGAGGAGUUGUCAUGACGGCCGUCCGUUUGAAAGGGCGUUUUAUACACUUUUUUUGUGGAGAGAAGCAUGGCAGAACAAUUUGGCAUGAUUAAAUAAAAAGCAGAGACGUACUUGAUUGCCAGCACAGAAUUUGUUUAAACCAUUUUCCGUUUUCCUAACUGUUGCACUUUGAUCAGGGAACACAAUCCUUUUGUGGUUCCUGAAGACAAGCAAGUUGUAUGUAAUACUUCAUCUUCUUUUCCCAAUGUACAGACUUUAAAUUAAAAGCCAAGUUAUGCAUAGAUGUAUUUAUUUAACUUUUAUUUCAUGUAGUAUGAUUUAUGUUUUUAUUUUUUUUAUGAGAAAUGAGUCUGCAUGAAGUUUCUUUUAACGUCUAUUGGAUGGUAACAAGCUUAGAACUGUGGAACUGCUGUUGUAUCAAUAAAGCCUCAUUCUCAUUCUCAUCGA